AUAGGUUGUCAAUUGAAAUACAGCACAGUGGAGGUGAUGGUGAGAAAAAUAUUUUUCUCUCAAAAUUCCGUACAAAAAUAAUACAUCGUGAUUGAAGCAAUAGUAGCGCCCCAGUGCCAAAGUGUUCAUUCUAGAGCCCCAUUUACGUGUUAGAAUAGCAUAAAGUGUUGCUCAAGUGUGGAGAAUUCCAAAAGAAAUCCGGAAAUUUCGGUGAAUUUUUGAGGGUGCUGCGCAAAAAGACGCAAAAAUAUCCCCCCUGCCACACGCAAAUCCUUUCUGCGGAGAAAAUUUGCGUGAUAAUUCGCUGGGGGCGUCCAUGUGAAGCUCAAUAGAUGGGUUCUAGUGGCCCCAGGGUGCGUGAGGUGGAUCUGUAGAAGCAAAACACACACGCUCUACCCCCCACUGUUUGUUGCAUGGAACAAGCGAGAAUGGCCAAGGACUACGAUUACCUGCUAAAAGUACUCUUGGUCGGGGAUAGCGAUGUUGGGAAGCACGAGAUAAUCUCGGGACUGGAGGAUGGUUCAUCCGAAAGUCCAUUCUGCAGUGGAAGUGCUUACAAAACCACCACGAUCCUCUUGGAUGGAAAACGUGUAAAAUUGCAAUUGUGGGAAACAUCCGGACAGGGGAGAUUCUCCACAAUAAUCCGCUCAUACUCCCGCGGUGCUCAGGGCAUUAUUCUCGUGUAUGACAUCACAAACAAGUGGAGUUUCGACGGAAUUGGUAGGUGGCUCAAAGAGGUGGAAGAGCACGCUCCGGGAGUCCCAAAGGUACUCGUUGGGAAUCGCCUGCAUUUGGCCUUUAAACGACAAGUGGCUGCAAAACAGGCGGAAAUGUAUGCAUCCCGCCACAAAAUGGCCUGUUUCGAGAUUUCACCGCUUUGUGACUUCAACAUCCGGGAAUCCUUCUGUGAACUGGCAAGAAUGGCACUUCACAGGAAUGGAAUGGAGAGAAUAUGGAGAACUAAUAAAGUGCUCUCACUUCAGGAAUUGUGCUGCCGAACAAUCGUCCGACGGACAUCCGUCUACGCAAUCGACACGCUACCUCUACCACCGACUGUAAAGUCCCAUCUAAAAUCCUACGCCCUCACCUCAUCCCAAUGCAUAAACACCCUCACGAAUAACUCAAAAAAUCGGCGUGUGAAGACGCCCACACAGACCAACAGUACAAGGAACAGCUGCUGCAUAUCCUGAGGUGUCUAAGGGUGUGACACCUCACAGGAUUUAAUUAUUACUAUUGUGACAAUGUGGAUGAGAAGGUGAGAACUGUGAAUUGAAAAAAAAAAAUGAAUUGCAAAAAAAAAGAAGGAACGUGAGAUAAUAAGUAUAAAAAAAUUGCACAUUGGAUUUUUCCUUUGAUUUUAUUUCCAUUUUGGAAACAAGAAAGAAUUGCUGCAAGAAAUGAAAAGAGCAUAUUUUUGUAUAAAUUCGUAGGUUUUAAAAGCAAAAUAUUUGUUUCUAAAUUGUGUGCGUAGAUUAAAAACAAACAAAAAAACAAGUAGUAUACAUAAUAAUAUUAAUUAAUAAGUAUAUUAUAAUCCCUAUUUUGAGGAUAUUUAAAAAUUGUUUAUUUUUUCAGUGUAUUAUUAAUUUAUGUUAUAUAUUAUUAUUUUUGUGAUGUUUCUAUUGUUUUAUGAAAGAAAAAAUCCAUUUUACGAUUAAUUCUUGAUUUUUCAUUUUUAUUUCCAAAUUUAAAAAAAAAAUACGCAAAUCUAAAAAGGAUUAUUUGAGUAGAUUCUCUAUUUUUAUUAUACCAUAUAAAAAUCCCUUUGAGGUUAAUAUUUCAAAAAAAAAAAUCCUUGAUUAUUUAAAAAAUCAAGGAUAAUUUGAAAAAAAAAUGUAUAAUCUUUGUGAAAAAUUAUUGAUUAAAAAAUUUAAAAACAUAAUAUGUGGAAUUAAUACCAAAUACUAAAUUUACAUUUAAGACAUACAAAAUAUUAUUUAAAAAAAAAUUAAAAAUGCAAAUUUUACUCCAUUUACUCCAUAACCCACACGAUCCAAAAAAUACAAAAUGACAACGUAGUGGAAGAUAGUAAAGUUAUUAAAAAAAAAAAAUUAGUCAUAGUACUUUCAACAAAAUGAAUUUUGACGACAGGAUUUUUAACAGCAGCUGAUUAACAGAAAAAUGCCAUAUAUAUUCGAGUAUAUCUUUUUUUUGUCUUAGAGAUAAAAAAAAUUGGUUAUUUUGUACAAAAUAAUAUAAAAUAAAUAAAUUAAAAAAUAUAGGAAUGUAAACUUGUAAGGAACUUAAUAUAUAUUACUUACUAAAGUCAAGAAUGCAGUGAAAUUAAUUUGUAAUCUCCAUUUACAUGAUGUAAUUUGAUAAUAAAUUACCGUCCUUAAUUAAAACAAAAA